UUAGAUUCAUUAUAAUAUUUGAGAUAUUUGAAAAGGAUACCAUACGCAGUGAAAAUGUCUGAAGAAACAAUUAUGAAUGAUCAGAAAAUUAAAAUUGAGCCACUAGAACUUUCAAUAGAAGACAUAAAACUUGAAAAUGAAUGUAAUGGAAAUCUUGCAGGUAUUGUUAAGUCUGAUUCAUGCUUAGAAGAUGAUGAAACUUGCCUGGAAAGAUUUAUGAAUUCCGAAAUAACUAUUGAAGAAGAACUCAAACAGGAGGUAAAUGAGUCAGCCGAUUGUAAAUAUGAAAUUGAUAAUAGAUCAUUUUCAGAAUCUAAUUAUUCGAAAGAGCACAUGGUUGAUGAUGAUCAGAAAAUUAAAAUUGAGCCACUUUCAACAGAAGACAUAAAAUUUGAAAACGAAUGUGUUGAUCUUGAAGGUAUUGUUAAGUCUGAAUCAUGUUUAGAAAAUGAUGAAACUUGCCUGGAAAGAUUUACGAAUUCCGAAAUAACUAUUGAAGAAGACAUCAAACAGGAGGUAAUUGAGACACCCGGUUGUGAAUAUGACAUUUCUAAUAGAUCAUUUUCAGAAUAUAAUUAUUUGAAAGAGUACAUGGUUGACCACAUACCUAGAAAUGGCAAAAAUGGAAACAAUAAAUGCAAUGUAUGUGAUAAGACAUUUAAGAUUUCAUCAAGAUUGAAACGGCACAUGAUUACUCAUAGCACAGAACGCCCUAUCGAAUGCAAAAUCUGUCAUAAGACAUUGAAAGAAAAUAGCAUUUUGAAAAGACAUAUGCUCAUUCAUACAGUAGAACGGCCUUUCAAAUGCAUAAUAUGCAAUCAGACAUUCAUAGAAAACGGUAGUAUGAAAUUACACAUGCUUAUUCAUACAGGAGAACGCCCGUUCAAAUGCAAAAUCUGUCAUAAGACAUUCAGACGAAAAGGUAAUUUGAAAUCACAUAUGCUUUUUCAUACAGGUGAACGCCCUUACAAGUGUAAAAUAUGCAGUAAAACAUAUGCACAAUCGGGUGACUUGAAUAGGCACAUGCGUAUUCACACAGGGGAACGCCCUUUCAAAUGUGAUACAUGCAAUAAGGAAUUUGCACUAUCGAACAGCUUGAAGAGACACAAAGUGAAUGUUCAUAAUAGAAAACAUGAUGAUGAUCAAUGAAAUAUUAACAAGC